CUCCUUUUCUUCUUCUCACUUUCUUUCUUUCAUAUGAACACACAACGUAUAUUUGAUAGUGAUUUGAGUCACGACGCUCACGCACCUGCUUCUACUUAUUACACCACGGGUGAUAAUGCUAGGCAAAGAACAAGAACCUAUACGAGAGGUCACCAUGGUACCCAAGCUACAGGAUCAAGUCUUGAAGGCACUCGCAGAAGACGUGCUUCACAUGACGAUAAAAAUAAAGCGCGCCGAUUUCUCAUUGACGUUGAAGAAACCCAACGUAAAAUUCUAGAACAAGAAGACACAGAUGGUGAUUUUCAAAUUACGAUCAAUGAUCUUGGUCCCAAAACUAUGUCUUUAGGUACUGCUGAUUCUGGUGGUUACCGUAAGAUUGACAUUCGUGGUACUUAUAUGCUUUCCAACUUGUUGCAAGAACUGGCAUUAGCCAAUGAUUAUGGCAGGAAACACAUUGUAUUGGAUGAAGCACGUCUGAACGAGAAUCCUGUUGAUCGUUUAUCUCGUAUGAUCAAGUACAAUUUUUGGGAUGGAUUAACGCGUCGUAUUGAUGCUGAUUCCUUGGAAGUGAUUUGUCCUGAUCCUAAAAAUAGAUCUUCAAAUAAGAACCCUCGUAUUUAUGUCCCUUAUGAUGAUAAAGAAGCUUAUGAAUUUUACAAACAAGCAAGUGAACUGCGUAAACAUAUGCAGUUGGAAGUCGAGUAUUUGCCUAAGGAAAUCACAGCUGAAUACACAAAGAGCAUCAAUGAUCUUCCUGGUCUAUUAACAUUGGCUAUGCGUAAAAUCAAGGAUGAUCAAGGUCACGAUACAUAUAUUGGAGAACCUUUUGUUGUUCCAGGGGGUCGUUUUAACGAAAUGUAUGGCUGGGAUUCUUAUUUCACAGCCUUGGGUUUGCUUGAAGAUGGUCGCUUAGAACUUGUACGUAGCAUGGUUGAAAAUUUUGCCUAUCAAAUCAAACAUUACGGCAAAAUUUUGAAUGCCAAUCGAUCUUACUAUCUUUCUCGCUCACAACCUCCUUUUUUGACGGAUAUGGUGCUCCAGGUCUAUGAAAGACUACACCCUGAUGACGAAAAAGAAAACAAAGCUUGGUUACGUCGUAUCAUGAAAUCCUGCAUUAAAGAGUAUUGGGAUGUUUGGAUGUCCGAACCAAGAUUGGAUAAAAAGACGAUGCUUUCUCGAUAUCGUCCUGAUGGUGCUGGUAUUCCCCCUGAGACAGAAGCGUCUCACUUUGUGCAUGUGAUUGAGCCCUUUGCAGCCAAACAUCAUCUCUCUAUAGACGAAUUUAAUCAGAAAUACAAUGAUGGUGAAAUCAAAGAACCUGAACUAGACGAGUACUUCUUGCACGACCGUGCUGUUCGAGAAUCAGGUCAUGAUACAACCUAUCGAUUCGAAAAAGUGUGUGCUAACUUAGCCACCAUUGAUCUCAAUUCGCUUCUGUACAAGUACGAAAUGGACAUUGCGGAUGUUAUUUGUGAUCAUUUAGACGAUGAUUUGGAAGACUUUAACGGUGUAAAACAAAAAGCAGAGGAUUGGUUAGAAAGAGCAAAACAAAGACGCGAACGUAUCGAUAAGUAUCUAUGGAACGAAAAAGAAUCUCUUUAUUUUGAUUACGAUACAGUCAAGGAAGAACAAGCGACGUAUGAGAGUGUCACUGGUUUCUGGGCACUAUGGGCUGGUUGUGCUAGUCAACAUCAAGCACAAGAAAUGGUCAAACACUCCCUUUCCAAGUUUGAAAUGAUGGGUGGUCUUGUUUCUGGUACAGAAGAGUCGCGUGGUACUAUUUCUUUGGAACGACCUAACCGACAAUGGGACUUCCCCUUUGGUUGGGCUCCUCAUCAGAUAUUGACAUGGAUUGGUCUAGACAAAUACGGCAUGAGAGACACUGCUGCAAGAUUAGCUUAUCGUUGGUUAUUUACUAUCACCAAGGGAUUUGUUGAUUUUAAUGGUGUCGUUCCCGAGAAGUUUGAUGUGGUUAGUUUAUCCCACAAAGUAGAAGUGGAGUACGGCAAUGUGGGUAUUGAUUUUAAGUGUGUACCGCGCGAAGGAUUUGGCUGGAUGAAUGCUUCUUAUCAAGUGGGCCUUAGUUAUUUAAGUACACAGAUGCGUCGUGCAUUAGGCGCGUGUACAUUACCUGACUUACUGUUUGAAAAGGCCAUGAUUCGUGAACAUCGUAUGCUAGGCAUGACACCUGAAGAAGAAGCUGCUGCUAACCUUCGUCGCCGUACUUCUACUAUGGCUGCUAGAGCAAUUACUCGCAAUGGUAGUAUUAGUGCUGCUGUCACACGUAUUUCUCUAUCGGAUGGACCCAAUAAUGCAUCGCACUUUUAGUUUGAAUAAUAAUAAUAAAAAAUACCAUCACGAUUAUCUCAAGUGUAACAACCUGUGUAGUAAUCAAAACAUCAUCAUCAA